ACGAAAAAAUAAUGCUGAAAAAAUAAUACAGAAAAAUUAAUAAAAAAAAAAACUAAUACAAAAAGGAAUCCAAAGAAAUUCAAAAAAGAUAAUACAAAAUAAAAAUAUAAAUAAAAGUGAGUGUCCAUCGUUGAUUCUUGGAAUAAGAAAUUUUUUUUCUCUCAAAAGUUUCAUCAAAGAAGAAAUUCCUCUCACGGCCUUUGAAAAACAUCAUUGUGUAUUUUUACGCGGUAUGUGGCUACUUUUUACAGUAACAAUAUUGCUGGCACGUGAAGUGGUGGGAAAUUUAACAACAGACGAGCAUGAUGAGGAGAAAAAAGUGGCUAACAAAAAUGAUUUACACACUUUCUCACAAUUACAAACCACGGAUUUGAAAAUUCCUACGCAAAAGUUGCGCGAAACUGCAAAAACUAAUGAGAAAGAAGAUGCUGAAAAAAGAAGAAAGCGAUCGAUAGAAGAAAUUGUUUCGGAUCAAAAAACAUUUACGACAGAUUUUCAAAAAAGAAAAAGUCCACUGUCUUCAUGGUUUUAUUGGGCUGAUAAAGAUGUGAUUCCAAUAAAGGAACGAAGCAAGGAAUCAAGUCAGGAGAAGAAAACACCAAGAUUCAGUCCUUGGGGUGGAAAGAGGAGUGAAUCUUAUUUAUCGGUUCCUGAAAUUCGACAAAACACUCACGUCUUUAACAGUUGGGGUGGUAAGCGUGUUAAUGAAUUUUCAAAGCUCACAAUACCGGAGAGAAGUGGAAAAUUAUAUGCAUGGAAUAGUGUUGAUUCAAAUGAAAAUCAAGAAUUGAAACGAGUUUCAAAAAGUAAUACAGAGGGAAAAGUUCCAUUCAACAGUUGGGGUGGAAAGAGGGCAUUAAAUACUGUCGAUUAUACAUCGCCAAUUUUACAAGAUCUACAUCAACUCGAAGGUGAAAUUGACUAUCGGAAAAGAAAAGAUCAAUUGGGAAAGUAUCAAGAAAAAUUGAUGAGAAAAAUUGAUGAAAGAAGAGCUCAAAAAUUUGGAAGUUGGGGCGGCAAGAGAUUUGUCAAUCGGCAGAAUGGUGAAAAUUUACAUUUGAGUGGAGAGGAUUUUUUUGAAUCACUCAAGUCAAGGUUACCAAAAAAAAGAUCGAUGCGUGCUUUAAAAAAAAGAGAAUUUCAACCGUGGGGUGGCAAACGAAGUCCAGAAGCAAUACCCGAUAAUCCAAAUGAUACAGAACGUAGACCACCGGCUUCAUUUUUUGUUAGAAAAGUCUUCUUCCCUUGGGGGGGAUAAAAAAAACAAUUUUUUGACUGAUUUUCUUUUUAUAAAUUAUCAUCCCAUAGAAAUACUACCAAAUUUCCAAACGAAAAAGCUUUCAUAAGUUCGUUUUCUUUUUCAUAUUUUUUUUGAAAAACAAAUCUUCCCAAUAGAGAAAAUGUUUUUAAAAAAAUUAUUAUUAAAAAUAAUUAGUAGUUAAUUAAUAAUUUUUAAUUAAU